ACCCACUACACAUUCAACCCCAAAUAUGUCCCUCUUGUUGCUUCCUGCCGCUUAACAACCUUUUGCCUUUGGUUUCACAGCUAUUUAUCCCCAAUCUCAACCAAUUUUAUAUUCUUUUUACCAAAUUAUUCUCAUUAUUAAUAUUAAUUAAUUAAUUAUUAUUAUAAUCAUCAUUUCUUCAUCUUCACAUUCACAUAUAAAUUACCAGAUUUCCCCCAAUUUCUUCUUCUUCUUCGCAACAAUCGAAUUCCAAAACUGAAAUCGAUCAUGGUGGAAACACGACGGAGUUCAUCGUCAUCCAAACGCACGCUGUCGUCACCAUGCUCGUCUCCAAUUCCUACAGGAAAGCGAUCGAAGGCGGCGGAGGCGGCGUCGUCGUCGACCACUGGAACGCCGGUGGAGCCGAUUGAGGCGGUGGUGAAGGAAUCAGGUGGAUGUGAGUCGCAGGAACAGGAGGUUAGAUCGUCUGAUCCGUGUAAGAAGGAGCCGGAUGCGUGUGAGGAGGUGACAGGUGUUGAUGUGCCGGAGAAGUCUCCGGUUGUGGAGGCGGAAGGUCAGCCGUUGGUGUCGCCGAUGUCGUUAGGGAAUUCGUUGAUUGAUGUUGAGAAGAAAACGAAGGCUAACGGUGGUUCGACUGGGUUGAAUCGUGGGAAGAAACGACAGUCGAAGGCUAACGUUGGGGUUGCUUGGGGAAAGCUCCUUUCUCAGUGCCCUCAGAAUCCUCAUAUUGUUAUGGAACAUGAAAUUUUCACUGUUGGUCAAGGUCACCAAUGUGACUUGUGGAUCAGCGAUAAAUCCGUCAGUAAAUCUUUGUGUAGCUUGAGGCACAUAAAGUCACAGCAAGGAGGUGCAUCAAUUACUUUACUUGAAAUUACUGGUGGCAAGGGUGCGGUCAAAGUCAAUGGCAAGAUUUGCGCUAAAAGGUCAACUUUGCCCCUUAGAGCUGGAGAUGAAGUCGUUUUCAGCUCUGCAGGAAGACAUGCUUACAUAUUUCAACAGCUAUCGAAUGAUAACGUUGCUACUGAUGUGGCACCUCCUGUGAGCAUAUUAGAAGCAAACAGCGGUUCAUUAAAAGGAUUACAGUUAGAGUCAAGAUCUAGAGAUCCAUCUGCAGUUGCAGGAGCAUCAAUAUUAGCAUCUUUAUCUAAUAUACAAAAAGAAUUAUCUCUUUUUCCACCACCCAAAGGUUUUCAAAACGGACUUUCGAAUCUACCCUCCGCUUGUGAAGAUAAUCGUGUAAUUGACACUGACAUGAAAGAUGUUUCUGAUGCGAAUGAUAAUGUUGCUGCUGAUACCACCCCAUCGAGCGAUAAAGGUGUUAAUGAUAAUGUUGCUGCUGCUGAUGUGGCAACUCAUGAAUUAAGACCGCUACUGCGUAUGCUUGCCGGAUCAUCUUCUUCUGAGGUUGAUAUUUUGAAAAUUCUUGAUGAACGGAGAGAAAUUAGAGAUUUGCUUAAAGAUAUUGAUCCACCAGUCUCAUUGGCUGCAAGGCGUCAAGCAUAUAAAGAUGGAUUGCAACAAGGAAUUCUCGAUCCCGAUACAAUUGAAGUUACAUUCGAUAAUUUUCCAUAUUUUUUAAGUGAAACCACAAAAAGCGUGCUGAUUGCUUCCACGUAUAUACAUCUGAAACGCAAUGAGUUCGUGAAGUAUGCUUCUGAUCUGCCUAUUUUGUGCCCUAGGAUACUCUUGUCUGGUCCAGCAGGUUCAGAAAUUUAUCAGGAAACAUUGACAAAGGCCCUUGCAAAACAUUUUGGGGCUAGACUGCUUGUAGUUGAUUCUCUUCUAUUACCUGGUGGAUCAGCUUCUAAGGAAGCUGAGACUUCAGUGAAGGAGAGUGGUAGGCUGGAAAGAACAAGUGUGUUUGCUAAACGUGCCCCACAGGCGGGGGUUAUGCACUCUAAGAAACCAACAUCAAGCGUUGAAGCUGAUAUAGUUGGUGGAUCUACCACUUGCUCUCAUGCUCAGCCCAAACAGGAGGCGUCUACCGCAUCAUCAAAAUCCUACGUUUUCAAAAAAGGUGAUAGGGUUAAAUACGUGGGUACUCUGUCAUCUAGUUUUUCUCCUCUGCAGACUCCUUUAAGAGGGCCUACAUAUGGUUAUAAGGGGAAAGUUCUACUCCCAUUUGAGGAAAACGGGUCUUCCAAGAUUGGAGUUAGAUUUGAUAAAUCAGUUCAAGAAGGCAAUGAUCUUGGAGGACUCUGUGAGGAAGACCAUGGUUUUUUCUGUUCUGCUGAUUCACUUCGUCUGGACUCUUCGAGUGCUGAUGACAUCGAGAAGCUUGCCAUUAAUGAACUUUUUGAGGUUGCUGUUAAAGAAAGUAAAAACAAUUCAUUGCUUUUGUUUGUAAAAGAUAUAGAAAAAUCAAUGCUUGGAAAUCCGGAGGCCUAUAGCUCCUUCAAGAGUAAGCUUGAAAAUUUACCUGGGAAUGUGGUUGUCGUUGCUUCACACACUCAGAUGGACAGUCGAAAGGAGAAAUCUCCUUCCGGAGGAUUAUUGUUCACGAAGUUUGGUAGCAAUCAUACAACGUUGCUUGACCUUGCUUUCCCGAACGAUUUUGGUAGACUGCAUGAUAGAAGCAAAGAAACCCCAAAAACAAUGAAGCAACUCACUCGUCUUUUCCCGAACAAAGUGACUAUACAGUUGCCACAGGAUGAGUUGCUACUUUCAGACUGGAAGCAACAGCUGGAUCGUGAUAUUGAGACAUUGAAAUCACAAUCAAAUAUUGUCAGCAUUCGUUCAGUUCUGAACCGCGUCGGUCUUGAGUGCGCCAACCUCGAUGCACUUCUAAUUAAGGAUCAAACUUUGACAAAUGAAAAUGUGGAGAAAGUUAUUGGAUGGGCUUUAAGUCAUCACUUUAUGCAGAGUUCUGAACCUUUUGUAAAAGAUGCUAAACCUGUGCUCUCUAAUGAAAGUCUUGAGUAUGGGAUUAACAUACUGCAAGGUACUCAAAACGAGAGUAAAAGUUCUAAGAAGACACUGAAGGAUGUGGUUACUGAAAAUGAAUUCGAGAAGAGACUUCUUGCUGAAGUUAUUCCGCCUACUGAGCUUGGUGUUACUUUUGAGGAUAUUGGAGCCCUAGAAUCUGUGAAAGAUACUUUAAAAGAAUUGGUGAUGCUACCCCUUCAAAGGCCUGAAUUGUUUUGUAAAGGACAGUUAACAAAGCCUUGUAAAGGAAUUUUGCUUUUUGGACCCCCUGGUACUGGUAAAACCAUGCUUGCAAAAGCUGUUGCAACUGAAGCUGGUGCAAAUUUUAUUAACAUAUCAAUGUCAAGCAUUACCUCAAAGUGGUUUGGCGAAGGAGAGAAGUACGUUAAAGCAGUUUUCAGCCUUGCUAGUAAAAUCUCACCGAGUGUCAUUUUUGUUGAUGAGGUGGACAGCAUGUUGGGAAGACGUGAAAAUCCCAGUGAGCAUGAAGCAAUGCGUAAAAUGAAAAAUGAAUUUAUGGUAAAUUGGGAUGGUUUACGUACAAAAGAUAAAGAACGUGUUCUUGUACUUGGUGCAACCAAUAGGCCUUUUGAUCUUGACGAAGCUGUAAUUAGGAGAUUACCUCGCAGGUUGAUGGUAAAUUUACCAGAUGCUCCAAACAGGGAGAAAAUACUAAGAGUGAUAUUGGCAAAAGAGGAACUGGCACCCGAUAUUGAUCUUGAAGCAGUGGCUAAUAUGACUGAUGGUUACUCCGGAAGUGAUUUGAAGAAUCUUUGUGUGACGGCUGCUCACUGUCCAAUAAGAGAAAUUUUGGAGAAGGAAAAAAAGGAGAAAGCUCUGGCAUUGACAGAAAAUAAACCAGCACCCGCUUUACAUAGCAGUGCCGAUGUCCGUCCCUUAAAUUUGGAUGAUUUCAAAUAUGCACAUGAGCAGGUAUGUGCAAGUGUGUCAUCAGAGUCUGCAAAUAUGAACGAGCUUCUUCAAUGGAAUGAACUAUACGGGGAAGGUGGGUCCCGGAAGAAGAAACUCCUCAGUUACUUCAUGUAAAACCAAUGUAUUAAGUGUAUAGCCGUUCCUUUGUUUCCUUAAUUUAUAAUUAAUUUCGGAUGUCGUCGAUGCUGAUUAGUCCCUUUUUUAUCAUAAAAAUCCCGUCGUCCUGGUAUACAAAAAAACCUGCAUCAAUGGAAACUCUGUUGCAGCUGCAGGUCGUUAUCGAAGAGUUUUUUUCUUUCUUUAUUUCUUUUGGACGGAGGAGUCACGUGUACCGUCGAUUAUGCUUGUUUUACAAAUCUAAUUAUUUAGCUGUUUAUGUUUUCUAAUGCUUGUAUAGACUAAUUAAUUUAUUUAAACAUCGUCUAAUGUAUGCAUUCUAUAUGUUA